UCAUCAGACCAUCAAGAAGGACGAUUUCUACGCCUUGCUCUCGGUAGCAGAUCUCGCCCUCAUCACUCCGCUUCGAGAUGGUAUGAAUACCACCUCAAUGGAAUACGUUAUCUGCCAGCAAAAGACAAACAAGGCCCCUCUCAUUCUAUCAGAAUUUAUGGGUAUCUCGCAUACAAUGGCCGAAGCUUUGUGA